UCUCUAUCUUUUCAGGAGACAUUGUUUAUUUCGAAAACAACACAUUUUCUGGAUUAGACACUCUACUUACACUGUCCCUGAGUGGCAAUAAGCUCUCCCAUCUCGGAACGAACGCGCUUGUGCAAGUCAUUGUCCACCUAAACCUAGCCCACAACGAGAUAGCCUUUAUAGAGGACAGCGCGUUCCGUGAAGGUACCAGGCGGAGGUUAACGACUGCUUUGCACCUCCAGUGGAACAAGCUGGAGACGAUCACGCCGGACUACUUUAGACAACUCUCGCACUUAAAGAUGCUGGACCUACGAUACAACAGAAUCCACACCGUCAAGAAAGGCAGUUUCGACGCCCUAUACCGCCUGAGGAUACUGCGUCUAACCGGUAACAAACUAAAGGUGGUCCGUGCUGACUGGUUCCCUGCCGUAGAAGAACAAAGAUUACUCUUCAAUUUUGAACUGGCGCGAAAUCAAAUAGAGUACAUCGAACCUGGCGCGUUCAAAAACGUCCCACUGUUAGGAAACCUUGAUCUUUCAAACAAUCAUUUAACAAACCUACACUAUGGGGUGGUCAAACUGCAAACUGGCUGGAGGAGAAACAUACAUUAUAUCAGGGCCAAAAUGCAAGGCAACCCCAUCCGCUGUAUAUGUACUCUUGAUAUGUACUUUGAAUUCGGUCUACUUACAAAAUCUGACUUUGAGCUAUUAACAUGCAGCUAUCCCCACUAUUUGCAAGGCACCAAACUGAACAGUUUCACAGGCGAUAUGACAAAAACGAUCCCCUGUCCAACUCCCAAACUUUCAAUUGUGGCAACGGGUGACCGGUCCUUCCGUUGUGAAUUGUGUUGGGAAGAAGAACCCCUUCAAAUUCAAUGGACUCUUCCAAACAUUACAGACAUUCCCAUCGCUGACGUAUCAUAUGGAAAAGUAACUCACAUAAACAUUGUGGAUGUAAAUAUUACGGCGUCAUUUUACAUUACUCCAAAUGGAUUUGACUGUUGCAAUUCCACAUUCGAUCAUCCAACACUAUCAAACAGUACGUGUAACUUUGUGGGGAAAACUAUAUCGUCAUUGAAGGUAAGUGAGAACCUCCUCAAAGAAUGGAUCCGAAGUGGCGAGGUCAUUUCGUGCACAGCUUUGUUCGAAGAAAACAUCAAAGUUCAAUACAACGUAUCAGGAGUUGAACGUGCAACCCCUUUGUUGAAUACCGUUCGUUACACAAACACCACUAUGACUUAUGGUCUAGUAAACGCCACAGGAAACAGACAAGACAUAGUCUUUCUUCUGAAGUCAGGCUUGAAUGGUACUACAGUUUCAAUACACUUUCUGGAUCUGAUCAUUACUGCACUGUUCACAUUGGCAGUUAUGGCGUUCUCUUACGCCGUAUUUCUGAUGUUACGAAAAACUCAAUCGCACGAUUUACAAACAAAUCAACCCGAAAGCCCUUGCAAUCAGCCAAGCGAGCAACUGACCGAAGAGGUUUCCGUUAACACCUACGAGACUGUGGAAGACCGUCCCCCAAUGUCGAAUCAGGACGAAAUCAUAUCAGACUCUGAAACACCCAACUCGGAGGAUGUCAUAGUACCAUACGGACAGGCUACCAUGUCCGGUGCUUACGGAACGGGUGCGGCGAUGCGCGCAGAAAUUCUGGUGUCUACGGUGACUGAGGCCGAUAGCGGCAAAGGUUCAUGUGACAGGCAGGCUGCCAUGAUCAAAUCUCACAUAAAAGCCUGGAUUAAUGAGGAACAUAACGUGGAGACGGCGGAUGAGUUCAAGGCUGCUGUUGAGUCAAAUGGUGGGGUGCCUGGGGUGAAAGUCUACCGUUGUGAAGUGAAUGUAGAUGCCACUGUUACAUCCACGAAGUUUGAAGGUAUCACCAAGUUGAAUAACUUUGAGUUCACAGAUGCAGGAUUGCGUGUUUGGCGGGCAUUCGAUAUAGGGGAAGGCAAGCUAAUCCCAUGGUCCAAGUUACCUGCAGUUGAGCCAUCUACACUGGUGAUCAUCAGUGAACCUUACAAUCCAGGAAGUGCAUUUCGGCCUGUCGAGUCAAGACGAAAGAAGUCUCAGCCCCAACUGGAAACAGAGUCAGAUUCUGAAGAAGAAGCGGUGAGUCAUGAGACUCCAGCCCAGACACAAGUAAACAUCUUCCAGUGCCCAGAAGAGGGCUGUGUAAAGGUGUACCAAACCUUCAGGGGGUUAGAUGCUCACGUAGCAGUUGGCAGACAUAAUCGCCGCCUUGAAAGAGAGACACUGUUGGACAAGGCGAAGCUAAUGUAUGCAGCAAAGCUGGAGAAAGGUCCCUCAGAAGUGCCACGCUUGGAGACAGCGUCUGAAGGGAAAAGAACAACUGAAUGCCCUGUGGAAGGAUGGGCCUUACGUGGCCCACGGAAGCGGGUCAGGUUCACUGCAAAACAAACGGCAUACCUCGAGAGGACAUUUCACCUGGGUGAAAGAACCGGUAAAAAGUCAGACCCACAGACAGUUGCCAAAGCUAUGAGACACGCAAGGGACUUACAGGGGCAAAGACUGUUCGGGGUCAAUGACUUCCUGACAACACAGCAGGUGUCAAGCUACUUCUCAAGACUUGCUGGCAAACGCCAAAAGCCGACGGAAGAUGACGAGGUUGAGCAGCUUGACCCUGCUGUGUUGGAAUCCGUCAAUAGUAAAGUUCAGAAUGAAGUUAUGAAUAACGUUCAUGUACGUCACCCUGUCUUGUAUGACACGUAUAAUCUCUGA